ACAGCAGGAUGGCGGCUUGCUUGAAACUUUUCAUAACUUUCUAUUAUUGUACCUGUUUUAUGAUUGCUGGUGUUGUAGAUGGAAAACCAAAUUUUGUCAUAUUGCUUAUGGAUGAUAUGGGAUGGGGUGACCUUGGGGUGUUUGGAGAACCCAACAAGGAAACACCGUUUCUUGACAAAAUGGCUGCUGAAGGAAUGAUCUUUCCUGACUUUUAUUCAGCUAAUCCUUUGUGUUCACCUUCCAGAGCAGCAUUACUGUCAGGACGGUUACCUAUAAGGAAUGGAUUCUACACAACUAAUGCACAUGCUAGAAAUGCUUAUACACCUCAGAUAAUAACAGGUGGGAUACCAGAUUCUGAGAUUUUGUUGCCAGAAGUUCUCAAGAAGCUUGGAUAUAGAAACAAACUUAUUGGAAAAUGGCAUUUAGGUCACAGGCCACAAUAUCAUCCAUUGAAGCACGGUUUUGAUGAAUGGUUUGGUGCACCCAACUGUCAUUUUGGACCCUAUAAUGACAUUGAUACACCAAAUAUACCAGUUUAUAAAGAUGCUGAAAUGGCUGGCAGAUACUAUGAAGAAUUUGCAAUUGACAGGAAAACUGGGGAAUCAAACUUAACUAAGAUGUAUUUAAAUGAAGCUCAGAAGUUUAUAAAGAAACAAGCAGCGAAGAAGGAAUCAUUCUUUUUGUACUGGGCUGCUGAUGCAACACAUGAUCCUUUAUAUGCCUCAUCAAAUUUCCUAGGGACAAGUAAUAGAGGACUGUAUGGAGAUGCAGUUAAGGAACUUGAUUAUUCUGUAGGACAGAUUUUACAGUCGUUGAUUGAUAAUGGUGUAGAUAAAAAUACUGUAGUAUUCUUCUCUUCUGACAAUGGAGCUGCUACUUAUGCCAAAACAGGUGGUGGAAGCAAUGGUCCUUUCUUGUGUGGGAAACAAACAACAUUUGAAGGUGGUAUGAGAGAGCCAACGAUUGCCUGGUGGCCUGGAGUUGUUCAACCAGGAAAGGUAUCUCAUCAAGUUGGUUCUCUGAUGGAUUUGUACACAACUUUCAUUGAGUUAGCAGGAGGAUCUAUACCUACAGACAGAGAAGUGGAUGGAAUUAGUCUGAAGGAUGUCUUACUUAACAAUACAGUCAAAGAUAGGCCAUUGUUUUAUUAUCGAGGGAAUGAGCUUAUGGCAGUAAGAGUUGGCUUGUAUAAGGCACAUCUUUGGACAUGGACUAACUCAAUGAAAGAAUUUAAUGCAGGAAUAAAUUUUUGUCCAGGUGAAGAAAUUGAAGGUGUCACUACUCAUGAACAGAUGAAUAACACAAACCAGCCAUUAUUGGUUCACAUCGGCAGAGAUCCUGGUGAAAAGUAUAUGAUAAGACCAAAUUCAGAAGAAUACAAAAAAGUUAUGCCUGUAUUAAUGGAGCAAGUAAAUAAACACAAAAAGAACCUAGUACCAGGGAAACCUCAGCUCAACAUGUGUGACAGAUCUGUUAUGAACUGGUCUCCACCUGGCUGUGAGAAAUUUAAAUGUCUACAAGGACCAUCACCUGCUCCGUAUAAAUGUAGCUGGCCUCAUUAAUACUGUGUCUGGUGUGAUGUAUAAAAGUUCUCAGUAGGCUAAAGGAUUAUUACGAAGAAGUGUAAUUGAAUAAUGAAAUCGUCUUCCAGAAGUCAACAAAUGUUGCCAAUGUGGGAAUUUAAUGUUACAAAUGUAGGAAAUUUAAUGUUGCAAAUGUAGGAAAAUUUAAUGUUGCAAAUGUGGAAAAUUUAAUGUUGCAAAUGUAAGAAAUUUAAUGUUGCUAAUGUGGGAAAUUUAAUGUUGCAAAUGUGGAAAAUUUAAUGUUGCAAAUGUAAGAAAUUUAAUGUUGCUAAUGUGGGAAAUUUAAUGUUGCAAAUGUGAAAAAUUUAAUGUUGCAAAUGUAGGAAAUUUAAUGUUGCAAAUGUAGGAAAUUUGAUGUUGCAAAUGUAGGAAGUUUAAUGUUGCAAAUGUAGGAAAUUUAAUGUUGCAAAUGUGGAAAAUUUAAUGUUGCAAAUGUGGGAAAUUUUAUGUAUCAAAUGUGGAAAAUUUAAUAUUUUUUAGGGAUCUUUUUAUUCCUUUACAUUAGUAUUAUGUAGUUAGGUGUAUAUUCCAUGGUUUGUUAAUGUGAUAUGUUUGUUACUGAAAACUUAAAAAAAUGAAUUUAUAAUUUUUGUUUUAGAAUCUAAUGGAUUGGUGUACAUUAAAAGAUUUUAAGCUAUUGCUUGUUAAUAUCCAUGGUGUAGGACAUUGUUUAUUAAACAGUUUAUAAUUAUUAUAUUACAACAAUUAUUUUAUUAUAUAAAUUAGUAUGAAAAAGAGACAGGAACAUACAAUGUACAUACAAUACUAGGUAAACUGCUAAGCUUCAAAGUUCAAAUGAGACAUGAUACAAGAAUACCACUUUGAUUUUAGUAAAUUACUUUGAAGUUAAUAUGGGGCCAUCACAAUUUAUAGGUUUAUUUUGUUGCGUAUGGUAAUACUAGAUCUGUAUAU